CUGUAGACCAAUCAGAAAACAUUGUUCCGGUACCGGUGGGUACUAACUUCUGCCAAGUUAAAGAGGAUGACUAAGCGUCACUUGCACAAAAGAGUUAAACAAUAUGACCAUUUGAUUAUCAUUUUAAUAGGUCGAUCAUGUAUCUGCCAAUUGAGGGUGAAAUACUUUUAUUUUGGAAUCUGGUACCGGAAGGGUCGUAGCCUCAACUGACGCUGAGUGCAGCGCGGAGGUUCUGAGAUAAUCGGCCGCGUUUGAAUCGUCUCCAUCGAGUCAUGUUUUCAUCGUUUCACCGCAACAUGGCGGCCGCAGUGACGCUCGCGCUGUUGUCUUGUUUUCCAGCCGCUGUGUCCUCGCGCAGGGACGUGCUCGCGCUCGGUGACGCAGACUUCGACUACCUGGCAACGGAGCACGAGACCAUGCUGGUGAAAUUCUACGCUCCAUGGUGUGGCCAUUGUAAGAAAUUAGCUCCAGAGUUUGAGAAAGCAGCAACCAGACUGAAGGGAACCGUCCAGCUCGCCAAGGUGGACUGUACAGCUCAUUCAGAGACCUGUGGUCGUUUCGGGGUGUCUGGUUAUCCCACCCUGAAGAUCUUCAGGAACGGAAGAGACUCCGCCCCCUACGAUGGACCUCGCAGCGCAGAUGGGAUCUAUCACUACAUGAAGAAGCAGACUGGACCAGACUCCAUUCAUCUGAAAAGUGAAGAAGACCUCCAGACCUUCAUCAACCACUACGAUGCCAGCGUCGUAGGUGUGUUUUCAGGGGCAGACGGAUCUCAGCUGGCAGAGUUCCUGAGAGCUGCAGCUCUGCUGAGAGGACAGUUCAGACUGGCCCACGCUGCUGAUCUGAAGCUGGGGGAGAAGCACGGAGUAACGUCUGAGAGUGUGUUGCUGUUCAGACCUCCCAGACUCUCCAAUAAGUUUGAGGAGAGUGUCGUAGUCUUUAAGGAUUUCCUCACCGUCGGGUCCUUGAGACGCUUCAUAAGAGAGAACAUUCAUGGUCUGUGUCCUCACAUGACGGUGGAGAACAGAGACGCCCUAAGAGUCCGGGACCUGCUAACAGCCUACUACGACCUCGACUAUCAUCGCAACAUCCAAGGGUCCAACUAUUGGAGAAACCGGGUGAUGAAGAUGGCAUCUACAUUUUCUGGGCGUGGCCUGACGUUCUCCGUAGCCAAUAGGAAGGACUUCCUGUUCGAGCUGGAGGAAGACUUUGGCCUGGGGACAUCCGACGGGGGGGGGCUGCCGUUCAUUACGAUCCGGACCAAACUGGGCCACAAGUACACCAUGAGAGAGGAGUUCACGAGGGACGGUCAGUCCUUGCAGAGGUUCCUGGACGAUUACUUCGCAGGUCGACUCAAACGUUACAUAAAGUCUGAACCGAUACCCGAGAGAAACACUGAUGCCGUCAAGGUGGUUGUUGCAGAGUCUUUUGAUGACGUCGUCAAUGAUCAGGAGAAAGAUGUUUUGAUCCAGUUUUACUCUCGGUCCUGUUCACACUGCAAGAAACUGGAGCCGGUCUACAGAGAACUUGCUGAGACGCUGUCCUCUGACCCUAACAUCAUCGUUGCCAAGAUGAACGCUGGCGACAACGACGUCCCUCUGGGAUACGACGUCCAGGGGUACCCGACCAUCUACCUGGCUGCUGUGGGGAGGAAGGAGGAGCCAAUCAGAUACGAGGGGGGACGAGAGCUCAAAGACUUCCUGAAGUUUCUGAAAAGCGAGUUGAGUCCCCGGCAGGUUGUUGGCGGACUGAAGACUGAACUUUGACAGGUUUCCCUCCAACACGCUGGUCUACCCACAUUCCUCCAUCACCGCCUUGAAGGACCGCCUGCUGACUGCUUGUGUUUCUGUCAUAAUUGUAUUCAGAUUUACGAGUUUACUCAACAGUUCAAGUUUUUCCGGGAAGAUUUUUAAAGAUAAACAUUUUUUAUAUGUUCUCUCAUUGAUUUCCCUGUUUUUGUUCAUAUUCAGGGUCCUCGACUAGUCGCAGUGGAAGGAAUUAUUAUUAUUAUUAUAUUGGCAUUUCGGGGGCUUUAUCAUAUUCAAAAAGCCAAACAUGUGUUCUGCGUAGCAGAGCUGGUGAAAAAUUAGAUAUCUCAUUUCUCAUCAUCUCAUCACUCUAUAGCGCCCCCUAGAAAUGAAAAAUUGCCGUAAAGGACCAAACUCUCCAAAGUGUCAGAAAAGACUUCCGACCUUGAUAUCGCUUCACGGUGAAUAUUGUAAGAAUUCGAUAAUCGGCGGCAAAUUCGAUACUUCGCCAAGAAGAACUAAACCGUUGUAGCUCUACUCCACAUGUUCGCAUCCUCUCCAAUUGUCACAUAUUUGUUGAUACUCCGGGCAAAGUGGAAGCAAAGUCCUAGCGCCACCUACUGGUAACAGGAAGUCACAUUUUCUAGUGUCCAGUAAACAACAAAGGUGUGUUUGAGGUACUGAACAUGCUCACACACAUUUAGUCAGAUGUAGUUAUCUGAUAUCAUUGGAAUGAUUGGGCUCGAUAGCGCCCUCUACGCCUUAAUGAUGUUACAGAUGAAGUUUGACUCUUAGACGCAGGACCCGUCCAACGCUGCUUGCAACUUUAAUUAUUGAUGUGUUUUUGUUCAUCUUUUUAUUUAUUUAACUUAUGUUUUGUUUUUAUACAUGUCUUUUUAUUAAUUUCAUUUGUCUUUGGUUCAUAUUUAUUGCCCUUGUGUGUUUUUGUACAUUAAGUAAUAAACUGAUGUGAAUAUUUAAUUA